AUACAUCGUGACGCUAAUGAAAAUUUAAUUAGAAUAAUAAAUGAAAUCCAGCAAAAAAUACUCUUUUUAUUCCAACAUUAUUAAUGAACAUCAUCCAAGUCAGACGUAAGUUUAUGAAAAAGCAAAUGACAUUUUAUAAUGUCAAGAUACUUCGAAGACACUUCAGGCGUAUAUUUCGGAGCAGACGAUAGGUGAUCUUCCUUUUUCUGUGUGGCAGUGACGUGCAGCUGGGAACUGUCAGCUGCGGUUCGAAAAAAAAAAAAUCAAAAGAAGAAAGCCAACUCGGUGUUUGUGUACUCACUUGGGCGCAUCAUUAUGGCUUGUUACAAACCGGUUACACACGUAAUAUUCGAUUUGGAUGGAACGUUAUUAGACACCGAGGAGGUGUUUACCACUCUGUACCAAUCCAUUGCAGAAAAAUAUGGAAAGCAGCUCACUUGGUCUCAGAGGGCGCAGGCCAUGGGGCGGCCUGCAGAUGAAGCGGUGGCUUUCAUGAUACGGGAGCUCAGUUUGCCCAUUUCCGUGCAAGAAUUUCAUCACAUUGCGAGGACGGAAUUUCAUGAAAGAAUACGUGACGGACUCGUAGGUUGCCAGCUUAAACCAGGUGUUGAAAGACUGGUGAAACACUUGCGCAACAACAAUGUCCCCCUCGCCAUCGCCACGAGUUCGAAGAAGGAAACCUUCGAACUAAAAACGAAGAACCACCAAGAACUCCUCAGCUCCUUCCAUCAUUCGGUGAUUGCCCCGAGUGAACCGGAAGUGGAGAGGGGCAAACCGGCUCCCGACGUUUUUUUGGUGUGCGCCCGCAGAUUCGAUGAAAAGCCGCCCCCUGAAAAGGUCCUUGUGAUAGAAGAUGCUCCCAGUGGUGUCCAGGCAGCUGUUGCGGCCGGAAUGCAGGUCGUGAUGGUUCCCGAUCCGAGAGUCGACGCGAAAUUCUGUAAAAGUGCGACUUUAGUCCUGAAAAGUUUAGAGAGCUUCCAACCGGAACUUUUUGGCUUACCACCAUUCACGAAUGACCAAUGACAUUUUUAGAGGAAUUUUUUUUAUUUGAUACUGACUUUUAUUAAAAUGCGAUUUUAUCA